AUGGUGCCGUAUUCAACACCCCGGACCAAGGGUCCUUUUCGCAUCAGGUGUCCACGUUGUCGAGCGGGGGACGGAUCGGGUGCAACGCAUUUUGGCAAAUGCAAUGCAAAUCCAGUCCGAUUAAAAGGACGCGCAAGCCAGCGGGAGCAAUCUUCCAUUUGCGGGUUCUUUGGUCCAGGCGAUGUUGGCGACACAAUCAUUUUUGAGCAUCGAAGCAUGGGGGAACGCGACAUCGAAACACCAUCGAAGUUGGGGUUCGUCGCUGGUGAUGAGCAGCUCGUCUUGGUAUUUGUGAAUCGGGAUCGAUUGACAGGCACAACCGUAUCUAUCCUUCAACAAGGUGGGGGUUCCGAAGGUGAAAGAAAUGCUACGAUUGGUGGGGUGGGACCCAGGAAGUGA